AGGCUGCUUUAGGCGCUGGCUUUUCUGACAAGAUUCCAGCACAUACUGUUACAAUGGCUUGUAUAUCGUCAAACCAAUCCAUAACUUCAGGUAUUGUGCAUGUGUAUUUCAUGGCUGACUGAGACUGGAGUGAUUACUGAAAAACAUCAAGAACUACUUUCCAAGGGCGUGGACACUCGAAAUUGGCACACGCGGUUCCACAGUAUUCUUCUUUCGUUUCUAGCAAUGGGUAUAUUGGCAAGUGGUGGAGCAGACGCGGUCAUUGCUGGUGGUGUUGAAACCAUGUCUGAUGUACCAAUCAGAGUGAAUCGUUCCUUAAGAAAGAUAUUACUCUCGCUGAACAAGGCCAAGACCAUGGGCGCACGAUUGGGAUUACUGUCCUCUAUCAGACCAAAACAUUUUGCCCCUGAGGUAUGAUAGUUUAUAUAUUGUUAUGUUACGCGGCCACAAAGAUUACGAUUACGAUAGCAUUUCUAUAGCGGAAAUGUGGAUGUGAUCCAAUGCGCUUUACAUCAAGUAUUACGCCCGCCUAAUUUGCAUAUUUAGCCUAGAGUAUUUUAUCUUUACAACAAUUGUGAUAUUACUUUCUUAACUGUGUUUAUCCUAACCCACCCUGUCAACUUUCCCUGAGGGAGGAAAGUGGUGGUAUGGUAAAUCAGCUCCCUAUGAGGUUGAUCAGCAGUGUUGUAACGAGUCACCUACAGGUCGAGUCACGAGUCGAGUCACUCAAAGGUCGAUUCACGAGUCGAGUCAUUUCAGUUUCUGAUCGAGUCGAGUCGAGUCAGUGGUUUUACUCGAGUCGAGUCAAGUCAGCGGUUUCACUCGAGUCAAGUCGAGUCACUGGUUUAAGUCGAGUCGAGUCAAUAGCCAGACUUAAUUUGAGUCAGGGAAUUUGAUCAAGUUUACCCACAUCCUUGUCCCCAGGGCCUCUCGGUCGCGCGCGUCCUCCGUAGGCCCUGAAACAUACUGAACCGGAAGUGCAAGAAAACUUGCAGUAGUUUCUAAAGCGCAUGGUCUUGAAUUGGGACACUUUAGCAUUCGUAACAAUUUUCAAAGUGAAGUAUUACGAAGAAACGAAGUAUUUGCGUUGACAUAUGUUGAUAGAAUAAUUUUUCCUACAUAAAACUGCUCAACUUCUGCGAAAUAGCAUUUCUCUGGGAAGCCAAUCAGAUCUCUCGCUUUAGUCGUCUAACCCAGAGCCUAAUUUUCAACGAGUGACCGAGUGAAAAUGGCUCUGGGGACGAGAAUGGUCCACCCCGCGCUUUCUGCAAUAGUUCGUUACCUUAGCUUGCAUUAUGAAACUUGUAAUCAAAUUUAGGUUUUAAGCUAAUCACUUUAGUCAUGUAAUAACAGUAUCUGGGCUGCCAAAGGCUAUACCAAUACCACAGUUCUAGUCAAUAUUAAGUACAACCACAUGAGUUGCCUCAUCACGCCUGCUGAUCGAGUGUACGUACAUACAUCUAGCAUAAGUUGCAACUGGAGUCAGAAUUAACAAAGAAUAUACUUUAAUUAACCACGCCUUGUAAGUUAAUUUGAAAUUAUAUAGCACUUCAUAAAUACCAAAAAUGAAGAUAGCCGGUCAGAAUUAGUACAAGUACAAAAAAUUUUGAAACUCCAUUUUAAAAACUGUGGCACUAGCGUUGUUUCUAAAAGCAGAAAUGUAAUAUGGGCAUGUCCGUCAGGAAUAUAUUGUAUUCUAUGCAAAUCCCAUAUAUAUUCUGAUAAAGUUUCGAAAUUCUCAUUGUUCACAGGGCUCAUUGUUUUCCCCAAGAAAUACAAUCACAAUAAUUUUGAUGAAUUUAUUCUGUACAAGUUGUAGCUGAGUUGACUCGAGUCAUUUACGGCAAAAUCGGCAAGUCGAGUCCGAGUCGAGUCAUUUGGGGCUGUUGACUCGAGUCGAGUCGAGUCAUUUUUCGUUUUGGACUCGAGUCGAGUCGAGUCGCUGAAAAUAGCGACUCGAGUUGACUCGAGUCCGAGUCAAUGACUCGACUCGUUACAACACUGGGUUGAUGAGACUGCAGAUAAUGUAAACUAUCGUGUGUUUGUUGUUUUUACAGCUUCCAGCCGUGUCUGAAUUCUCCACCAAUGAAACAAUGGGACAUAGUGGUGACAGGUACUGUAUAUAGAUCAGUUUCCAUUGGGCACGUAAUCUCAAAACGUUCCGUUGAUUUGGUAUAACCCAGAUUAAACGUUUGUAUUUAUAAAUUGCUGUAAUAUAGUUGACAAAAUGUAUAGUUUUUCAAAUAUUUUUACAACGGUUGAAGCUAUGGCGCUAUCUGGCCUUCGGUAGAAUAUUUUAGCAACACUUCCUAAUAAAGAAAUCUGGCCAUCAAGUAGCGUAUUUGAUAAUGCUUUUUCAAGAGAUACGUUUUAUUUUUAGGCUCUGUGCAUCAUUUGGCAUCACGCGGAGAGAACAGGUAUUUUUGUAGAGCAGAAAAAAAUGCAAUUCAACUACUCUAGAUUUUCGUUGUAUAAUGACGAAAGAAAAUUCAUGCUAUUAUUGAACUCGUCGUUGUGUAGGCAAAUGUUUAACCCCCCAUAAAAGUAUAACGUAAAAGUUUGAGAAAAACAUUUUUUAUUGCAGGACGAGUUUGCUUUGCGAUCUCACACCUUGGCUGACCAGGCUACGAAGGUAACUAUAACGCAAGGAUCUAUACCGAAGUGCACGCCCCUGGUGAAUAUACCCUCCCCCCCCCCCCCCCACGCCAGGCCCUUUUCUGUACGCAACAUUUUCUUCAAAAAAGCCUAUUUUGCCAUGUUUAAAGUCGUUUAUCUUGCAAACGAAAACUGUAAAAGAACUUAUUGACUCAUUUUCUCUCCACUAUUCAAAAAUGCAAUAAAAAUUUUUUGUGACAUAAGUACUUUAAUUAUUUUAGGAUGGCAACCUGUCUGAUGUGCUGGAGUACAAAGUGCCAGGUAGUGUUGAACCACAUUCGAGAGCAUAGAGGGUCGUGAAGGGAUAAAAUGGGAGUUUGGAAGAUUUUCCUAUUUUUCACUGAGAAAUGAUAUUUUUUCCUCUGUAGGCAAGCCUGUUGUUGUGAGCAAAGAUAACGGCAUCCGUGUAUCAUCUAUAGAAAAUAUGGCGAAAUUGCGACCAGCCUUUGUAAGACCCUAUGGCACGGUAACUGCAGCAAAUGCCUCGUUCUUGGUAAGACAAACACCCUUGUUUAUUCUGCCCCAGAUAAAUUGACUUGUUAUAUGAGGGCGUGUCCGGUUGGUGGCCGGACAUUUUGCCGAAAGACAAUUUGCCGAAAGACAUUUUGCCGAAAGACAUUUUGCCGAACGAACAUUUCGCCGAACGGACAGUUUGCCGAACGGACGGUUUGACGAACGGACAACUUGCCGAAAAUACAGAUAUCUUCUGAACAUUAAAAGUUCGCUUAUUAUACGGUCAAAGUUUCUGUGAUUAAUUAAAUUAAAGUUAUUGUCGAUUUUGAUGACCGGAACUUUCAUAGUGAAGUAUAGUUUCGUUUUAUAUUCUUUCAAGUUUACCGAAAUUUCGCGAUAUAUAAAAGAAUAACAUCAUUCAACAUCAUUCAUACUAUUCAUGAAUGCGAUUUCCCCGAGAACUGUGAAUGUAUUCCAUGAUUCUCGAAGUGAAAUUCAUUUACGUCGUUGUCUUUAUAUACACUUGUUUGUUUACGACCUGACGUCAAAACACGUUCCUAGGCCUAGCAAAUGAGUAAUCCGGUGCACAAAUUACAAGCUACCAAUAUAUAGUCAAUAUAGUUUGCACCGCUAACGACCAUUAUGCAAUGCUGAUGACCAUAUAAUGGUUAUUUUACUCAAUGGUUAAUAAUUACACUGUUGAGAAACGAGUCACAGUCCCAAACAUUUUGACGAAAUAACAUCUCUAUUUUCGGCAAGUUGUCCUUUCGGCAAACUGUCCGAUCGGCAAAAUGUCCGUUCGGCAAAAUGUCCGUUUGGCAAAAUGUCCGUUCGGCAAAACGUCCGUCGGCAAAGUGUCCGUUCGGCAAAAUGUCUUUCGGCAAACUGUCUUUCGGCAAAAUGUCCGGGUACUUGUCCGGUUUGCCAGGAACCUCAUCGGAGUGGGAUGUACUACUUCCGCCUGGCUGGGGCGACAUUAUGUAUAAACAUGGCGUCCUCACAAUAUUUUUUGUUGUAAUUAAACAAACUACAUCUUUUAUUACGACUUUAAUAAUAUACAUGAAGAAAUUUCUCAGUUCUGAUUGGCUAAGAGUUGUGCCAUUUUGACGAAAUACAGCGCCAAAAAUGAAACACAAUGCAAAUUCCAUUACUAGCAGAAAAUAAUACAAAAAACCCAAGUGACAAAAAUGGCUGAGGUUUUUAGUAGAUUUUCAAUUAAAAUUGUUUAUAUUAAAAUGAACUAUUUCGAAUGUGACCUAUACGCACGCAUGUGACUGUAUAAUUUUCCCAUGUAUAUUAUUAUUAAUAAGUAAUAGUAUGGUUUCUCGUGCAAUUUGGAAAAACAUACACUCGUGAGGUUUUCAAAGACAAAUUACACGAGCCCGAUUUGAUCGUCCUUGAAAAACUCGCUCGUGCAUGUUUUCCCCAAAUUGCACUCGAAACCACACUAUUAUUACCCAUACUAAUAUAGUGUCUGUUUAGCUCUAUUUUAAUUUUACUUUCCAACUAUGCCGUCCGACACUAUUAUAGGUCAAAAUCGGCAGAAAAUGUCUAUCCUGGUCAGGUGGGAUAAAGCCCAUGUGUUGUGAAACCUAUGUGUUGUAAAAGUAUGGAAGGGGGUUUUAAUAGAAAUUGCCGAAAAUCACAAGAUUUUUUUUGUUUGUUCCUAGACUGAUGGUGCAUCAGCUUGUCUCAUCAUGACAGAAGAUAAAGCACUAGCGUUGGGUCUCAAGCCAAAAGCAUACCUCAGGUAUCCCAAAUAUUCUUUCAAAUGUUUCCCAGUUCUGGUGGCGACUGCCCACGUUAUUUAUACUUAAGAUACUCGAUACUUUACACACACACACACACACACACACACACACACACACAAUGUCUUGGUAGUCAAUGGUCUGGUAGUACCAGGGCCUCUAUUGUAAUCCACCUUUAUAAAAAUAAAAUAAGCCGUCAGCGAGCAGCUUCCGGAUUUUUUACAUUAUCUAUAUAUUCAUCUAUAUAUUCAUGAGUGAAGCCUUGCCCUCGUUACAAAAUAUAUCCAAUUAUGCCAACCUUAUAUAUUAUAUAUAGUUAACUGUUGAACAUAGUUGUUUAUAUAUUAUUAUAGUAUUUUUCUCUAAAACGGCGGUGUUGACAGACCCUCGCUAUCAGACUCUCAGAUUGCUCGGCUGAUCACAGUCCAUUAUACUUCAAAAUUCCGUGUAUUUUAGGGAAUAUGUUUACGUAUCUCAAGACCCAAAGGACCAGCUUCUACUUGGGUGAGUUGUGUGUUACAUUAUAGGCGCGUUUGUAGUAAUAAUGCUUUAACCCAUUGAGUGGCAGCACUCUCUCCUUGACGAGUAAAAUCGUCUGGCGUUAGACAGCGUAAAAUAAUAAAGUAGGGCGAAUGGCCACUAAUAAAGGGUUAAGCUGUAUGCGCCUCCCCAUUUCUUCUGAACCAGAUACUAUUUUAUUAUUUGUUCAUAUAGCCCAGCUUAUGCAACCCCUAAGGUUCUGGAGAAGGCGUCUCUAAAGUUGACGGACAUUGAUGUGUUUGAAUAUCACGAAGCUUUUGCAGUAAGUAUACAUCACAAUAUACUCUACACUUUAGAAAUACUCUGGUAAGAGGUGGAGGUUGAUUGUAAAUGGAUCAAAGUUAAUUCGCUAUAUUUUUAUGAAUGAUUUUGAUAUUAAUUAAUAAUGUGCCUAAAUAGUUAAUCAAAUUUUUCUCUCUGAAAUCGUAGGGACAAGUUUUGUCCAACUUGAAAGCGAUGGAUUCAGACUGGUUUGGCCAAAAUUACAUGGGGAGGAAAGGAAAGGUAAAUAUAUUAUAGUUGUAUUCUUCAAUAAAUGAAUGAUAUUUGGUGAGAAAAUUGAGCUUAUAUAGUUUAUGAAAAUCAGCAUGAUUUUGCAUCAGAUAUACAAACUCCUUCACGCUCAUGAUUUUUUUUGUGUUUUCUUCAUGAAUUAUUGAGUUUCACAAGUAUUUACAUAACUCAAAAGAGCGAAGUUCUACACUACAGCGUACAUUACAGUGUAUUGUGAUUAUUUCAUUUGCAUGUGAAAAUUGAAUGUAUAGUAAUUCAUCUGACCAAUUUAUUUACACCAACCAUACAAAGUUGGAACGAAUGUCAAUUGGCAAAUCAUAGUUUAUAUAAUAUAACUUUCUUUCCAUGUGUAAAAGAUUCGUAAGAAAUUGCGUUUUGGUUUUGGUUUUGCAAGAAUGAGGGGCGGAUAUUAUUCCAAAAGACUAAUUUUAAAACUAGGCAGGGAGAUGCAAAUAAAUCACCACAGCUAGCGCUAGAAAGAGCAUACAAUGAAAAAUGAGUAAAAUUGCAAAGUUUGGUCGCGAAAUGUUGUAAAAUGCGGAAAAUAUAGCCUUGCAAAGUUUCCAGAUUUUGUAUACUUUUGUAUUGCGUGCGGAAAUUGCUACCAUUUUCGGCCCAAAUGUGGUAGCAAUUUCCGCACGCCAUACAAAAGUAUUCGAAAUUUGCGAACUUUGCAAGGCUAUAUUUUCCGCACUUUACAACAUUUCGCAACCAAACUUUGCAAUUUUGCUAAAUUUUCUAUGCUCUUUCCGUGAAUGUACUUUUUUGACAAGAUAAAAAAUAGUUUAUAAUGGGAAUUGCCUAUUAUGUGACAAGAUAGAGUAAUCAGUAAACGGUCAUAGUGGCUUUUUGCUCGAAAAAUGGCGGAUUGGAUGGCGACGAUUGAACACUGCUUCCUAUAACUUCUUGAUAUGAAAUCGUAGGUUGGCAGUAUACCUAUGGAUAAGUUAAACACGUGGGGUGGAUCUCUUUCCAUCGGACAUCCAUUUGGCGCUACAGGAGUACGUCUUGCCACAACCGCUGCUAACAGAUUGAUCAAAGAAGAUGGAAAAUACGCUUUGCUUGCUGCUUGUGCUGCUGGUGGUCAGGUAGGAUGCAUGCGAGAGCGUUUUUAGAAACGCUUUUAAAGUAUGACGAAAUAUGAUCGUGUAAUAUUUGGGUCAUUCGAGGAAGAAAUGUAAUAGAUCUUUACAAUAAAAAAUCCCAUCUUGAUCAACUUUUCCACUGUCAAAGUUUCCGGAUAUGAUGUCAUUAGGUGAAUUGCAAAUUAGUUUUCCUUUGUUUUUUCCCCCCAAAAUUUCACCUAAUGACAUAGUAUCUGGAAAACUUUGACAGUUUAAAAGUUGAUCAAGAUGAGGUAUUUUACUAUAAAGAUACAUUACAUUACAUUACAUUACAUCACCCAGUGUCCUUAUUGUACAAAACUUUGAUAUAGUACAAAUGUAUGUAGUACAAAAAUUUGCCGAUGUUGGUUUACAAGAGUAAUUUUUACUAAUAUGUAUUUUAGGGUCAUGGAAUGAUAGUGGAAAGAUACCCGUCCUAAGAUGGUUUGAUGAUAAUUGUUAUAAACACUGCAUUUGAACUGAUUGAACGGUCAUUUAUAGCAUGCUUUAAGAGAGUGCACUGGUACUAUUGUAAAGUUCAACACUUCUGUACAAAAUAAAUCUCAAAAUUUCA